AUCUAACAACAAACGACAGGUCCCGUAAAUGAAUGGACCGGACAAGGAUAUGGUUUAGGAAGUCUGACACCAGAUUCAAUUCCUGGAAGCAUUCAGUCAGUUUAGUUUUAUAAAGCGGGGUCCAAGAGAAUAUAUGAUGAUAAAGUUAACAGGGAAUAACAACCUAUUCUGCUGUCACUGAAUAAUCAAUGUAGUUAAUCAAUCAGAACUUUUUUCCCAAGUACAUAUAAAUUCAUACCUUGGUGGCCUGGAGAGCUUCAGACAGGUGAUAUUGAUGACAUUAUACAUCUUAAGUCCACAGGCAAAGCAACAGCAUGGGCGCCAUCACUGUAACUGCACUAAAGCGAUCGCCUCAAUCCGGUCAUGCGUUGAAACACACAAGCCAGUGGCUCAUAACGGAUGUUCCAAGUGAUCUUGCGGUGGAUGUAGGAGCAAGAAGCUUCAAUCUACACAAGUUUCCACUUGCAUCUCAAAGUGGUCGGAUUCGUAAAGCCCUUACCCAGCAAAAGGAACCAAAAGUGUCACGGAUAGAUCUCUCAGAUAUCCCUGGUGGAGCAGAUGCAUUUGAACUAGCAGCAAAAUUCUGCUAUGGAGUAAGCAUAGAGAUCACCGCAUCUAAUGUGGCCAUGCUCAAAUGUGCAGCGACUUACCUAGAGAUGACAGAAGAGAUUGGGAAAGAUAAUCUGGACUCAAGAACUGAGAGGUACAUCACGGAGGUUGUGGUCACAAACAUACAAAACUCUAUCACCGUUCUCCGUCAAUGCGAGUAUCUGCUACCAGCCGCAGACGACGUUAAACUAAUAAGCAGAUGCAUAACUAGCAUUGCUUCAAAAGCAUGUAAAGAAGAGCUAAGCUCAGGAUUGUUGAAACUGGAAAGAAACAGCUCAAUCAAGAAAAUGAACGAGAAGCAGUUGACCGUUUCUACCAACAAAUCAGAGUGGUGGGCAAAGGGCCUCACAGGACUUAGCAUAUCUAUCUUUCAAAGACUUCUAAGCACAUUGAAGUCUAAAGGGCUAAAGCAAGAUACAAUCAACAAAAUCAUAAUGCACUAUGCACACAACUCUCUUUUUUCCAUCAGAACCUCCUUUAGCAGUAAAGACAGGCUCAGUGAGGCAGAACUACAGAAACAGAAAAACCUGUUUGAAGCCAUUGUGGGUUUGCUUCCUGCUGCUUCAAAGACCAACAUCAUUCCUCUAGGUUUCCUGUCAGGAUUGCUAAAGACAUGUCUAAUAGUGGAUGCAAUUUCUCCAUCUAGGAUGCAAUUAGAAAAAAGAAUGGGGAUGCAACUGCACCAUGCAGUACUUGAUGACAUACUCAUACCUGCAAAUCUUGACAACAAUAAGUUGCCACGAUUUGACACAGAUGUAGCUCAAAGGAUCUUCACAAUUUUCCUCAAUUUGAAUGAGGAAGGCAAGGAAAACAACAGACUGUACGAUGAAUCUGACAGCAUCAUGGAUUUAGAGCACAGCACCAUGACGAAAGUAUCAAGGCUGAUGGAUGACUAUCUCACAGAGGUCGCAGGAGAUCCAAGUCUUUCUUGCUCAAAAUUCUUAGCACUAGUUGAACUCCUGCCAAGCCAUGCACGAACAUUACAUGAUGGACUCUAUCGGGCAAUCGACAUCUUUCUGAAGGUGCACCAUAGCAUUAAAGAGUCUGAAAGAUACAGACUUUCCAAAAUCAUAGACUGCAAGAAGUUGUCUCGUGAAGCAUCUACCCAUGCAGCACAGAAUGAACGACUACCAAUGCAAAUGGCAAUUCAAAUUCUGCACCAUGAGCAAAUGAGGUUACGAAAAUCAAUUGAGGAGGAUCGUGAUUCAUGCAUCGGAUCAAGUCAUUUUGAAAGGCUCCACAUAUCCAACAUUAUAGGGACAAGUGCUGUAAACUCUCCAAGAGAUAGCUAUGCAUCCGUAAGAAGAGAAAACAGGGAACUUAAGCUUGAGCUAAGCAGAAUGAGGGCACGAAUAUCAGAGCUGGAGAGAGACCAUAUCUCCAUGAAAAAUGCUCUUGUCCGACAAAACCCAGAAAAUGUAUUUGCCUCUUUAACAAAAAAAUUUAGUAAGCUAAACAGCCUUUUCCGGGCAAAAGGAAGACAGGAUAACAGAACAAGCCGAACGCUUUUCCCAUUCUGAAUUGAAUUGUUUAUCCAGUCUUCACAAAUGUUUGAACUUUGAAGUUACCAAUGUACCAAGAAACAAUAAAAUGGAUUUGGAAUGAAAGAUUGAUCUGAGAUUUUAUUUUGAGUGCAUAAGUGUCUAAUAAACUUCUAUAUUAACAGUUCACUUGAAUCCGAAUUUCUAAAUGCUGAUGUCAAUACAUAUAGCCACUGGUAUUAAUUUUAAGAAGGUUAUGCAUCUUCUUACUUUGUUAUCAUAAUCAGACUCUGAAAAAGUCAAUAAAGUAAAAGUUUGUGCUAAUAAAAUUUAUUGAAUAUAUGUAGCAAUUUAACUUUUCCAAGCACUUUGUAUUCACAGCAAAAAGUUACUGAACAUAGAUAGUCAAACAGCUAAAAUUUUAAAGAUAAGCAAAAAUUCAUGUAUUUCAUAUGUUUUUGGCACUAUUGUGCAUGAACAGGUUAGUCAAACAUCUACUCUAAGUGAAGAUGAAAAGGUUAGGAUAGGAUGCUGUGCCUGUAAGGCCAAAGAAAAGAAACUUACAUUUGUCCAUGAUGCAAUAUCAGGUUCACUGAAAGCUGAAUUUCAGAUUGCCAAACAAUAUCAGACUCCAACUUUUGA